AUGAGCAAGAUCAACGCGUCGCGGUUCUACUUCGAAUACAAGGGGCAUCCCAUCUCGGACAUCCGCGCCUUCCACAACAUAAUCAUCUCGCAACGACCGACAAAGCCUAUUGUAUAUCUGGCGGGCGAUUCUUCGCUCGACAACAAGUAUUGGCUGCCAUCCAGCUCCCCUGGCGGCGAGCCUUUGCCCGCAGAAGUUCCAGAAAUAUACAAGGCCGCUCUCAAACCGCCCCAUCCAAAGCCUGAUGUUGCCUUCUGGCUGAACCACUUCCUGGGCAGCCAAGCCACGGCGCUCAAUCUCGCCGUCGAAGCCUCUCUGUUGCAGGAGCGAGACAGCGACCUCUUGGCGCAUGACAAGUUCAUCAGAGAUCACAUCCGAGCCGAAGACAUUCUCAUCGUAUCGGUAGGCGCCAAUGACAUCGCCAUGAGACCGAACCUGUCCACGAUAUGCCACAUGCUGCUGCUCGCGUGGCUGACGCCGACGUCUCGGAUCCAGAGGGGAACAGCCUGGCCCCUUCGCUACUUUGUCAACAUGUUCAAGACGCAGGUCGAGAAGUAUGUGGCCAAGCUGGUUGAGCAGCACAAGCCUCGGGCCGUAGUCGUUUGCAUGAUUUACUUCCCGCUCGAGGCACAGGCAGCGAAGCAGAAGAGCUGGGCAGACGUCUCUCUCGGGGCUCUCGGCUACAACCGAUGGCCUGGCCGGCUCCAGGCUGCCAUCACCAAGAUGUAUGAGCUCGCGACACAAAAAGUCCAGAUCCCCGGGGUUUCUGUGAUUCCAGUAGCCUUGUUUGAGGCUCUGGAUGGGAAAGGUGGCGGAGACUAUGUCGAGAGGGUGGAACCGAGUGUGGAGGGAGGCCGGAAGAUUGCGUCUCAACUCGCUGCCGUUAUCAACCCGUUGCUUGAAACAGUCGAGUAA